AUACAUUGUAUCAGAGGGAGAUAAUAGUGUUACGGAGAGAAGGAUACAUUGUAUCAGAGGGAGAUAAUAGUGUUACGGAGAGAAGGAUACAUUGUAUCGGAGGGAGAUAAUAGUGUAACGGAGAGGAGGGCACAUUGUAUCGGAGGGUGACGCUGUGUAAUCCCGGGCCAGCGCAGAGCCGCUACCGCCAGCAGAACUCAGUAUGAACGAGGAACAGUUUGUUAAUAUUGACCUCAAUGAUGACGACAUCUGUGGUGUCUGUAAACUCGAGACUGCAAAGGAGCUGCUUUCCUUUUGCCACGUCUGCUUUGAGCUCAGCAUUGAAGGGGUGGCCAGGGAGAAUCUCCUCCACACUGAAUCAGUGCGUGGUCACAGAGAGUGCUUCGAGAAGUAUCACCUCAUCGCCAACCAGGACCUCCCACAGCCGAGAGUCUUGAAGAGCACCUACAAGGAUGUGAAGGAGAUCCUGAGCAGGAAGAUCAACCGUAUUAUUCAGUAUGCACAAAACCAGCAUUCGCACUCUGACCUGCGGGAGUGCAGGCAGGGCCAGGUCAAGAGUCAUGACCCCCAGCCGAGCGCACUCAGGACACACUUCCCCCAGGUGAACGGCCUGCAGUUACCCCGGUACUCCCCCCACUGGCUGGACGGGAGCUCGCCAGGGUAUUCCAAGUGCGGGCAGGGGAUUCUGGAGCAGGAUGGGCCGGCGGACUUCCGGCUGGGGAUGCUGGGGGUGGCUGUUGACCGGUUUCCAGGUGUGGACGUUGGCUGGUCGCCUGAGGAGCGGGGGCGAGGGGCAGAAUCUCAGCUCUCAAUGGGAAGCCAUGGCAGAGUGGAGUCCAGAUGUCAUCGCCACUACACCCAAGAGGAGUUGAGUGCUAUGUCAGUGGAUGAUCUGGUGCCAUUGAACGAACAACUCCUCAAACAAAUCAAAGUGGUCUUUGAGGAUCUUGCACAGGAAUUAGAGAAGAAGGACUCUCUCUCCUCCGAGCUCCAUGUACGCUACAUCGCCAUUGAGCAGCUGUUCAAGAACAGGGAGAAGCUGCCCUGGCUGCGAGUGGGACAAGGAGGAAUCAAGCCCAAUGUUCCCCUCGAUCACUGACUCACAGCUAACAGAUCAGAAAUCAGCUUUACAUCGAAUGGGUCUCCCAACAGUAUCAAGUUGGACUCUACUGUGGGGAGGUGUUUUGUAUGUUGUUUUACAUUUAUAUUUGCAAAAGGCGAAAAAAAAAUAAUUUAUUUUACGUACUGGUUUAGGUCAAUUUCUAAGCGACUUUCUUUUUUUUUUCAAAAAUAUUUUUCUUUUUCCUAACCCUGUGUGACUGACCAAACCUUUUAUUAUGGAAUCUCCAACUGAGUUUGUUAGUUGCUACCAAGUGUGUUUUGGGGAAUGGUGCAUUGAAGAUGAUGGGGAGUUUUACUGGGCUGUAAGGACAAGCUGAAUGUAGGCGACUUAACUCUGAAUUUUACACUCUGGUCACAGAUGAGCUGGAGAGCUGUCCAAGGUUCGACAGCUCAGUACCAGCACUGUUUUGCGAGUUCACUUUUGGUCAUUACACACUCUUUCCCCCACCCCCAUCACCCCUACUUGUUUGCCAGAAGACCUAGCAGCAACAAGUUUGUACAGGGCUGUGACGCUGUCAUUGUUUCAGCCUGAAAUUCCCUGGAGGCCACGGCAAUUGAGACAUUUAUCCUGAUUACGCAUUUAACUUUGGUUUGUGGCGUCCUACCUUAGUGUGUGAAAGCAAUGCUGGAAUCCAUUAUUUCAGCCUCACUGGCACUCCACUUUGUGUUUGUCUUGGUGGGAUCUAUUAUUCUAAUCAUUCAUAAAAUGGGGAAGUUACAUUUUCUGGUGCAUUCAACUGUAUGCCCAUACUCCACAUAUUUGGCAUAAAGCUGAGGUUACAAUGAACCUGAGGUUUUCAGUUUCUUCCUAAACUGGUGAUGAAAAAACUUUUCACUUUACUCAUUGAGUACAUGAGACAAUAAAGUCUAUUCCAUGUCAUGACCCACAGGUUAAGCCACUACCAGUUGUGUGUGUGUGUGUGUGUGUGUGUCAUUCUGAGACCGCAACACAAUGGCCUGGUAAGACUAUGGCAAUUUUACCUUGACUUACUCACAGACCGGAGACCAAGGUUCAGAGUGAAGCCGCCUGCACACAGUGAGAUUUAACUAAUGUAUGCAAAAUGAAUGGAACGAUAUAUGAAAAUGAGGUUGAGUCCUAUGGAGGGCACCAGACUCCGCGGGUUCUGAGGGAAAUUCUCUCCAGUUCCCUCUGUUACCAGGUCUGGCUCAGGCACCCUGACUUUGAGUUAUGUUAUCAUUUCUGGCAGUGCUUCUAGCCUAUCAACUUAGCUCUUUCUUUGAUAAAGCCAUAUACCAAAAGCCAUUCCUGGCAUUUUGAACCCACUGCGUGGGGAACCAGAAUGUUCAGAGGUUAGUUCGGACCUGAAGAUUUAGAUUUCCUUUUAAGAAAAGGAAGGCCCUCCCGUCAUCCAUCAAAUUCUUGCAGCUAACGGUGUGUCUUUUUGAUGUCAGAAAUUCUCAGGACAAGCAGUGCAGCAAGUCUCCUCCUUGGAUGCCCGGACAGUUUCUAAGUAUAGCUCCGUUUUUUUUUUUGGAGGUUUUUUUUUAAUCGCAUCAAAUAGAUUGGGUCAAAGUAGGGUUAGUGAGUGACUCUGACAGAAGGUGAUGUGAUACCGAGGGAUGCAUGACUGUACACUCCCUGUCUGCUGUGAUGUGGAAGGGAGAAUUUCGCUGAUCUUUAACUCUUUUGUUUAUAUGGUGCUCUCAGGUUUUACACCAGAGUUACUGUGGUUGCAGUGAAAUGUUUAAGCCCUUCUGCCCUCUUUAAGCAGUGACAAUAAAAGGAGCUACUGAUUAGCAGAGUGAUCCUGUUCCUAUUGCCAUACAUGUGUGGUAUCAAUUGCCCAACAACACGAGAAUAAGAUGCACUGAUCAAAUAGUUACAGCAUGGAAGAGGGCUAUUUGGCCCAUCAUAUCAAUGCUGGUUCUUCUAAAGAAAUUCUUUCAUGGUAAUGACAAUGCCAAUAUUUGUCAUCUAGCCCCACUUGCCCUUGAAGGGAAUUUUAAGAUCUGGAGUUGCAAGUAGACCCGACUGGGUAAGGAUGACAGAUUUCCUUCUCUGCAGGCAAUUAGUGAACAAGAGGGUUUUUACAGCAAUAAAUGGGAUUACAAUAAAUGCUUGAUGAUUAAUAUGGAUAUGAUGGGCUGAAGGACCUCCUUCCAUGCUGCUGAACUCUGACUCUGAUAGUUUAAUGGUCUUUGUUACUGAGACUAGUUUCCAAUUCUGGAUUUCCUUCUCUCUCCCCUCUUCUUUCUCCCCCUCACCCCCCCCCUACCACUAAUGCCCCAAAGAAAGUCACCAUUCUCAGCUCCCUGUAGCAUUGCACAGUUUUCCUUUUCAGAUAAUGGUGUUAUUAAAAUGCUCCAAUUGAAUCUGCUCCCCCACCCCAUGGUCUGGCAGUGCAUACUCAGUUGUGAUCAUUAAUGAUUUUCCUCAUGUCACCUUUGACCUGUGCCCUCAGGCCAUCGAAUGUGAGUGCUUUCCCCAUGUCUGCUCCAUCCAAGCUCCUCCAGGUUCUGACCAUCUCUGAGACCUCCCUCAAACUUCCCUAACUUUUCCAGCCUGUCCACAUAACUGAAACAACAAUAAGUCAAGCUGCCAUAGCCCCUGAGAAUCAUAGGAUUGCUGUGUGUGUGUGUGUGUGUGUGUGUGUGUGUGUGAUAAACGAUUGGGGGUGUUUUAUCCUGAGGGUCACCUCAGGCGAGGGGAGAGGUUGAGAAUGAGGGUCCUCCUGGUAACCUCAGCAGAUCUGGCAAAUUGAACCUGCACUGUUAGUCACUCUGCAUUGCAAAGCAGCCUUCCAGCCAACUAAGCCCACCUGCAGUAAGUGAUGGAUUGGCCAAGUUCUAAUUGACUUGAGGCUGAAUGGUUUGGUGGUGAGUAGGUGAUUUCAUUUUUUUUGGGGUUGAAAGCCUGAACAUGUGGAAGAGGAGGGAGGAUUCAACAAAAUACAGAGUUGGUGCCACCUACUCCGAAGUCAGACCAGCGAGUUGCUCGUUGUUACCGCCUGUUUAGGUUCAGCCCUCUCAGCAACUUCUUGCAGUGAACCUCCGACUAGAGUUUCUAGAAUCACUGCCUGUUUCACGUUUCAAUGUAUAUUUUAUUUGUGACGUUAGGUCAAGUACUUGAGUAGUAACCCUGCCCAGUGUUUGAGUGGGUGGAAAGGAGGAUGACGUAAAUCCUGUUUGUACGGGUGUACUGCAGAGAAGCUCCUCAAUCCGAAGAUGAGGGAAAUACUGCGGAUUCUGGGAAUCUGAAAGUAAACCUGGGAAGUUAUCAAAACUCGAGCAAGUCUGGUAGCACCUGUGGAAGAGGGAAGUGGAAUGUUAAUGACAUGUUAAUUGCUCUUUCCUGGAAACAUUAACUCUGUGUGUGUGAGUGAAAGCAGCCUGCUGUGCUCAGCAUUUUCCAAUUUCAGUCUGUAUUUUGUAAAGUGAUUUUGAUCUGAAUCUGUAGCGUUUUAUGUAUUUUUUUUAAUUAUCUUUGGAGGUAGAGGUUUUGUAUUUUUGUAUUGUACGCAGAUCAGGUGUGUUCAGAGGUUUGAAAAUAGAACUUUUUUUUGUAAACUGCAGCACUGGAGAGUGUCUGGAACACAUUGGUAAAUUCGGUGACUGUAGUGUGUGAGCUGCCAUUUUGGAUUGGGGUAGUUGUGCCUUCAUCAGCUCACACUGUGCAAGGACAUAAGGCUGUUUCAGGGAGUAUCCAAACCCAGCAGUCUGUACACUUCUAGUGUCUUUAUUCAGUGUUCACCCAGAUUCCACAUUUACUGUGGGUUUCCUCAGGAUUUUCAUUCCCUCUGACUUUUAAUUGGUCUGAAUAUUCACUCCUGUUUUGUUUUGAAGCAUUCUGUGUUGACUUGUCAUGUUGACUCUCUUUUUUUUGGUGUUUUGAUUUUGGAUAAUGCCCCAGAUUGGUACUGAACCUCCCAAGUGGCAAUAUCCCAGCUUCAGUCCCACGUUCUCAGCCACAGAUGGGUUGGUCACUUGGGUUCAUAUAAACAAAAAUGUGUACUCAGCUCUCUUUUGACACAUUUGUGCUGUCUGGAAUACAGAGCAGCCAUAUCAAUGUGUGAAUUGUGGGCAUUUUUGUGUCCAUCCCAUUAUCCUGACCUGUCUCCUCCUCCUUUGAGAAUGUUCCACCUGCCAAGUCUUCAGGAAAAAGAGGUUUUCCCAGAAGCCCUGCAGGAAUUCAUAAUAGGGUGUGCUGCACACAUAUGUGAACCACUGCUAUUUUCUCCAGUUUUAGGUCAGGAUAUCGCUGGGGCAGUG